AUGGAGAACUUGAAUAUCUUGCUCCCAGAUCUUACUGAAGAGCUGCAAGACAUUUUUCAGAGGGCUUUUACUGCUGAUGCCAGUUACUUGGAGAACCAUGAGAAAGUGAACCAGUCAUUCUGGGAAUCACUCGUAAAAUGUUUAGCCACCACUGACCCAGCUAUCCUGAAUGCUGAAGAAACAAACAAUUUGCUCAACAGAUGCAACGUCCUGCCUGGAGGCUGCGCAGCUUGCUUGAAAGUCAUAGGGAAGAAAGGAGCCAGGGCAUUGGCUAUUCUCUACCUGUUGCUGAAGACAACCAACCCGUCCGGAUAUAGACAGCUUCCCAGCUCCAAGGGAAAGGAUGAAAAACUGAAAUUCCUGAAGAGAUUGGAAAGGAACUUCAUGCUUUCACAAGGGAAAAAAAAGGCUGAAAGUUCAACCGAAGAGUCAAUGGAUGAAGAUCCACAAGAUACAUAUAGUCAUUAUAUAUAUUAAUUUAUAUCAACUUUGUGUAAUAUUUUAGGUAUACCAGGGGAGGUUGUCCCCUUUGGAGAUUCAGAGAUUACCAGAAGAGAAGAUGCAGUUGCAGAUGCAUACGAGAAUAACAGCCCUCACCUCCCUCAGAUGACAGUAUGGUGGAUGGGCAUACGGAAGGAUGAUGAAUUCUUUCAUUUUGUCAUUCUUUGCUUUGCCGUUGGAGCUUUACUAAUCUGUUAUUACUACUACAAAGAUUGGACUAUUUCUCUUGGAAUUGGUUUAAUCACCUUUGCUUCCCUGGAAACCACUGGGAUAUACUUUGGUCUAGUGUAUCGAAUUCGGAGCGUACUUGACAGUUUUGUUCCUCUGAUUGCAAAAUUCAGGCCAACAGGUAUGAGGAAAGCUGCCUAGGAGGGGUAUUUCAGGGGAGUUCCACAAAUCUCUGCUGUCUGGAUUUCUGG